CCCGCCGGCGGCCGGCUGCUCGCCGUGCUGGUCACCCGCUGCCUGCGGCCCGUGCUCGCAGCACCCGGCGUGGAGUGCGCGGUGCGAUCCGAGCGGCAGCACCGGGCCGCGCUGCGCUGGUGCGGCGGGAGAACGGAGGCCGUGAUGGAGAGCCUGCGGAGUAACGGCGUGAGGCUGCUGCUGUCCCGCGUGAAGCAGCACGAGGAAGUUAUCUACUACGCGAAAUUACACGGUGUGUCCGUGGUGGAGUGUUUGUCAUCGGAAGAAGUGGCCCUUAUCUCUGAAAUCACAGGAAUCUCGCCCUAUGACCCUGCCGGUGAUAGCGUGCAGAGGGAGAUCACAGAGGCUGCAGUGGUAACGUUCUGCCAGCCCCUGCUGCUGGGCUCCCAGCGGUACGCGCACAUUGGCUUCAGCAGCGCGGGCGCCUUCCAGCCCCACUGCCUGGUUCUGUGCGCUCCCGUCGAUGCCGUUAACGAGCAGCACGCUGCCGCUCUGCACGGGGCCUUCACCAUGCUGCUGCAGCUCUUCAGAGAGGUGGGUCAGGAGUGCGGAGCUGAGAGCCAGAAUGGUGCCUCAGGUGUUGGGAGUGGGUGUUCUCCAGCUGCUGAAAUGCAGAUGGUGACAGAAAGUAUUGCUUGUGGCAGCAGUCAGGUUUCUGAGCAUCAGAUGGAAGGCUGCAGGGGUGAAACAACAGCACAAAGUUCAGGUCUUGCUUUGCAGGAAAGCGAACAUCCUGAUUGUACGCCACCAGUCUCAGCUCCUGUCCCACACAGCAAGGAGCUGAAUGUCUGCACCGAUGGGACUGACUCGGCAGGGACACAGAAAUUGUGUGAGUGUGCAGAUGGGAUGAACGAGAGCUACCCAGCGGUGUGCAGUCACAGGAAUUACAGCACUGCUGUAGUCAGCACUGCUACCCUGCGUGAGCACCUAAGUGUCGAUAAAGGCCUAGAGAAGGCUGGCUGUGGUGUUACACAGAGUUGUCCCUGCUCCAUCCUAGAAGCAGGAUCAGUUCUGCCGGUAGGAGGUUACUUUGAAAUCCUGUUACAUUAUUAUAUUCAGCAUUAUGCAAAGCAGGUUCAGCAGUCAGCGGUUACUGUCAUAUCUAACAUAGUUGCUGAUGCUUUGUUAAGUAUUCCCAAGGCCUUAUGUGGAACAGAACGGAACGGCUUUACCAAGUUUUAUUUUGAAACCACAGAAGCACUCAGGAAGAAUCAGCCCCUGCCUGUGAAUGAGAAAGGCUUGGAAUCAGUUUAUUGCAAAUACCAGCUGGUAACUUCAGUUCUUCAUUGUGUUACAGAGCUUCUCAAUAUUGAUUUAAUCAUUGGUGUUAAGCGGCCACCACAGAAAAUUGAGGAUAAUGAUUCGGAUGAUGAUUUCUGAAAUUGUAAAUAAAAACAUUUUUGAUAAUGUG